UGAAUGUGAUCGUGAUUCUGCCUGAAAAAGCCCUCUAUAGCUUAUUAUACACUUAUUCCAUUUCUUUCUUCAUAAUUUUACUCAAAAAUAUCGCUAUAUAUGACAGUAUGAAGGCUUUCAUUGUAGCAGUUACCUCCUUUAUGGCAAUUAUAGGGCUUGUUGCGGCAAUCCCUGCGCCACAAGGACUUGCCGGAGACAUCGGAAAAGCUACGGGACUUGGGGUUUUAGUUUCUCCAGCUCUAAUUGGUGCUAAAGGUGGUACAUCUAUAUAAGGCUGCAGUCAAGAUACCGCUGCUCCUCAACAUACUGCGUAAUGAUCGGCAGACAGCAUCUACACUACAGGAGACAGCAGAAUCUGAUCGGAGAAAGGAGAUGGCUGGAAGGUGCGAAUGUUUGGCUAAACCUGCCUCGCACCAGAUAAGGAAGGCUUCUACCUAUGUUGUUUCAACAGAGCCUAUGGCAGAUCUCUAUUAGGACAGAGCUCCGUGCACCCUUUAGUA